AUGAAACGCAAUGCGCCUUCUCCGAAGCCUCAGGGAUUCUCCAGCCAUGAGCCAUUCGAGCUCAAUCCCAACGUAUCUAUCUUAUGUCCAGAGGCUAUCAACUUCAGUGCUGCCAGUUCCAGGUCGCUGAUUGAAAAUAUCAACGCCGACAACGCUGAUAGACACUUGGAUCACCAAAGUGCCGGCGACCAACUCGAUAUUCUGAGGCUCGAGGUCUUGCGUCUCAAGUUAUUGAAGUCCCAGAGACCAAAUUCUAUUCUAGGAAAUGAGAUGCCUCCGUACGCGACCCCCGCCCCGACUCAAAGCUCGAGUUCCAAUGGACAGCCGGGUCCUACCGUCCCAAACUCGAUGCGAACCCGUGCUUCAGUCCUGAGCGAAAGUGAGAUUAGUGUGCUUGACAUCGGUCCAAGCUUGCAGUUUCCCGAUAUUCCAGCUCGCCGCAACUCAUCCGCUGCAAAUCCUCAUGAUGGAAUCGGCCUCGCCCGUACCACUUCUCCCAGCUUUGCGCUAGGGCUUAGUAGUGACACUUUGGACCACCCAGUUGAACGCCGCCUCGAGGUUGGCGAACUUGGUUCUGUCACUCUCACUUCCGACAGUACCUCUUCUCACAACGAGUUCACUCGGAACCUACGUCAACGCCGCCAGAACCAACCCAACAUUACUCUGGCUAGCUCCCAGGAGCCGCAACCCCAUUAUGGAAAUCAUUCACUCACCGCCAGUGGGGAUCAUGGUUUGAGAGAAGGAUUUGACUUUGGCCACAACCCUACUUCCUUCGUCGACAAGGCCAAUAGCUGGAUUUUCUCGCUCUCUGCUCCGCAACCUCCCCAGUCUCCAACGCUGCCACCUCUCCCAAUUCUACAACGCACUCAAAGCUCAGUUGCUGGAAUCAACCCGGCUUUAUUAACUAUGCACAAUACAGAGCAGGUGGGACGAAAUGCACACGAUGCUGCAGGCUUUCAGGGUGCCGAUCAGACGUAA